AUGGUAUGGACCUUUCUUAUCGUACGAGAAGCAGCCCCAGAACAUAGACUCAGAGUACCUCUUCCACCUCUCACGGAUGCAGCUUUUGACUACUCUGGUCUGCCCUCAUCCAGAUCCUGUAGCCCCCACUCCUCUAACGUCCAGUCUCUAUGGUCGAUCGCCCACCUAAGACGAGCACUCCUCAUGUCCUGUGUCAACCCAGGCUUCAUCAUUGGCUUGGUCUUCUUGUAUCCCGCUUCUCUCACUACCCUCCAGACGGUAGAGGCAGAGAUUUCGACUCCUCGGAGACUGAGCCCACCAGCAAUGUCAGCGCAGGUCUUCUCUUGUCCAUAUCUGUCGCGUCGUACUUAUGGAAACAUCUGCCCCUUCACCUCAUCCGUCUGCUUAGCGGGUCUGCUAGGCUUUGGAGCAUUCUGA